AUAUAACAGUUUUGUCGUUAAGUCCUUUGCGUGUGGUAAUAAAUAAAAUCAGAUGUCUAUAAUAAAAAAAAAAUAUGUUUCGAAAGAUCUCAUACUGAGCUGCUUUUUUUUUUAAUUAAUCAAAAGUUGCUAAUAAACAUAGACCCGCAGUUAAAUUUUUAACUCUUAUAGAUAUCAUGUGCUAUGAAGAAGACAUAUACUUCGUAAAAAUUGACAAAUACUAAAAGUUGAAAACAUUUUUAAAUAUAUUAAGUAUAUAAAUAGGAUAAAUGUGAGGUAGAGAAAUAAUCAUUGAAUUUUACAAAGAUUUAUUGUAUAAUUACUGAGCGAAUACCAAAUUUAAUCUAAAAAGGAAAACGUACGAGAUACGAUUUAUUGUAAAUAACCAUGAUUGACCCCAGUUCAAGUGAGGAGGAAGGCGAUGACGAUCCCGUGGUGGUUGCACCAAAAGGUCGCACAGCAUCUUCUACUUCAAAUUCCAAACCUAAUGUUAAUGCCACCACAAAUGCUGAUGUGAACUUCUCUAGUUCUAAAUAUAAUGGCGAUCACUUGCAAAACUCUGCGCAUAAAUCAUUUGGCGGUACAGCUAGCGCGUCUGGCAAUGCUGAACUUGGAACUGGAGCCGCAAGUGGGAACAGCAAGUUGGAGCAUGGUACCCAUAUGAUAACAAGUGGUGAUGUAUCAGGAAAUUUAGAAGUACCAAACAGUGCCAUAUCGAGCGGUAUAUCACAAGAGACUCUCAACCAAAGUGUUGGCUCAUCACGUGCAAAUUCUCUACCUCGACCAAUAUCGCCGUCACCGUCCGUUGUGAGCGAUAAAAAUGAUGGAGCCGUGCAUGAAAAACAUGAACGUGAAGAAGAGGAUCGCAAGCGGCGUAUACAAUUAUAUGUUUUUGUUUCACGUUGUAUAUCGUAUCCAUUCAAUGCUAAGCAGCCGACUGACAUGACCAAGAGGCAACCUAAAAUAGUCAAGCAACAAUUGGAAACAAUUACUCAGCGAUUUCAAGCUUUUCUAAAGGGCGAAACACAAAUAAUGGCUGAUGAAGCCUUUCAAAAUGCUGUACAAAGUUAUCAUGAUGUUUUCCUGAAAUCAGAGCGCGUACAAAAAAUGGUGCAAUCGGGAGCGUGCUCCCAACAUGAUUUUCGUGAAGUUUUCCGAAAUAAUAUCGAGAAGCGCGUGAGGUCUUUACCUGAAAUCGAUGGCCUAAGUAAGGAGACAGUUCUUACUUCGUGGAUGGCCAAAUUCGAUAUAAUACUUAAAGGCACUGGUGAAGAAGAUUCCAAACGACCUUCUAGAAUGCAGCAAUCACUCAAUAGUGAAUUGAUUUUGUCUAAGGAACAGUUGUACGAUAUGUUUCAACAGAUUUUGAGUGUUAAGAAAUUUGAACACCAAAUUCUAUUCAACGCGUUAAUGCUGGAUUCAGCCGAUGAGCAAGCAGCUGCAAUCCGUCGUGAGCUAGACGGUCGAAUGCAACGAGUUAGCGAAAUGGAAAAGAACCGAAAACUAAUGCCAAAGUUUGUUCUAAAAGAGAUGGAGUCUCUUUAUAUUGAGGAGUUAAAAUCAUCUAUAAACCUGCUGAUGGCGAAUUUGGAGUCCUUACCAGUAUCUAAGGGAAAUAUGGAUAGCAAAUAUGGAUUACAAAAACUCAAACGAUACAAUCAUAGGUACAUAUUUCUCACUCCAUCCUUUCUGAAGAUGAUACUGCGUUCACAUGGCUCACUUUCAAAAUUGGAAGGUGAUGCAGAUGAGGGCAUAACGCAACUAACGAAAUUGGAUGUUGUACUUACAUUUCAAUUGGAAGUUAUUGUCAUGGAAGUUAAAGGUCUCAAAUCUUUGGCGCCCAAUCGAAUUGUGUAUUGCACCAUGGAGGUAGAAAAUGGUGAAAAACUACAAACCGAUCAAGCGGAGGCUUCAAAACCAAUGUGGGAUACCCAAGGUGACUUCACAACAACACACCCCUUGCCAAUAGUUAAAGUAAAGCUAUAUACAGAAAACCCUGGUAUGUUGGCAUUAGAAGACAAAGAACUGGGCAAGGUUACAAUAAAACCAACACCACUUUCAUCGAAGUCCCCCGAAUGGCAUCGAUUGGUAGUGCCCAAAAAUCUUCCAGAUCAAGACCUACGAAUUAAGAUUGCUUGUCGGUUGGACAAACCUUUAAAUAUGAAGCACUGUGGGUACCUUCAUGCAAUUGGUAAAUCAGUUUGGAAGAAGUGGAAGAAACGGUAUUUCGUGUUAGUUCAGGUGUCCCAGUACACAUUUGCAAUGUGUAGCUACAAAGAGAAGAAGUCUGAACCAUCGGAAAUGAUGCAAUUGGAUGGAUAUACAGUUGAUUAUAUAGAAGCGGCGAGCGCCAAUUUAAUGUUUGGCAAUGACUUAAAUGGAGGCCGUUAUUUUUUCAAUGCAGUUCGAGAAGGUGAUAGUAUAGUUUUUGCCUGCGAUGAUGAAAAUGAAUGUAGUCUCUGGGUCAUGGCUAUGUAUAGGGCUACGGGGCAGUCGCAUAAACCCACACCUCCAGUAACUCAGGAUAAAAACUCGGCGAUAUCAAAAAUACAAGGCGAUGCCGACAAAGCUCGAAAGCAUGGGAUGGAGGAUUAUAUAAGUGCAGAUCCUUGUUCAUUCGACCAUGCUGCUCUUUUCAAAGUGCUACAAAAUCUCACGCUCGAGUAUCGCCUUAACGAUCCUUAUGCGUCAUUGGGUUGGUUCAGUCCUGGCCAAGUCUUUGUGCUCGAUGAAUAUUGUGCACGAUAUGGAGUGCGUGGUUGUUAUAGACAUCUGUGUUAUUUAUCCGAUUUGUUAGAUCGGGCAGAAAAGCAGUAUAUGAUAGACCCCACGUUAAUACAUUACUCAUUUGCGUUUUGUGCUAGCCAUGUACACGGAAAUAGACCCGAUGGCGUUGGCAGCAUAACGCACGAGGAAAAGGAAAAGUUUGCUGAAAUUAAAGAGCGACUUCGGAUAUUACUUGAGUAUCAAAUAACGAAUUUUCGCUUUUGUUUUCCAUUUGGUCGCCCGGAAGGUGCUUUAAAAGCUACCCUGUCUCUCUUAGAGCGUGUACUCAUGAAAGACAUUGUUACACCCGUACCACCAGAAGAAGUACGUAUGAUGAUUAAGAAGAGUUUGGAAACAGCAGCCCUAGUUAAUUAUACACGAUUAUCUUCUGAAGCGAGAAUAGAAGAGGAUCUCCGUGGCGAAAUCAUGGUACCGGCAGCUAAGAAACUCGAAGACCUCAUACAUCUGGCUGAACUUUGUGUUGAUCUGUUGCAACAAAAUGAAGAGCACUAUGCUGAGCUUCGAAAACAUGAGAAAAAGAAUAAGGAAAAAAAAGAAGGUCAAGCUACAAAAGAGGAAACAACCGAAGCAGCUAUAUUGGGCGGUGCGGGGCAGGUACAAACGGGCAGUAAUGACGGCGAUUCUGGAAAAUCGGUUUCAGAAGCGGGAGCUACCGGAGCAGAUGGAGCAACAGCUUUUCGCUACUGCAUGCCAACACAUGCAGUAUUCACCUCACCAGUACCAACGGCAUUUGCAUGGUUCAGUGACUUGUUGGUGGAACAUGCAGAAAUCUUCUGGUCGCUAUUUGCUGUGGACAUGGAUAGGGUACUCACCGAGCAGCCACCAGAUACAUGGGACUCAUUUCCUUUAUUUCAAAUACUUAAUGACUAUUUGCGUGCAGACGACAAUUUGCGGAACGGGCGCUUUCACCAGCAUUUGCGUGACACGUAUGCACCGCUAGUUGUACGCUACGUCGAUCUGAUGGAAUCAUCAAUUGCUCAAUCAAUACACAAGGGCUUCGAAAAGGAACGCUGGGAUAGUAAAGGGAUUAAUGCAGCUUUAAAUCCAGCAACAUUAAAUAACGCGGCUCAGGCUUUAAAUACCGCAGCCCUUAAUCCGGCGGCGCUACUUGGGAGCAAAAAAGAUCAGGUCAAUUUCUAUGUACCAAAGCUACCAAGGCGUUCUGUUAAUGCUAACGAAGAUACGAGAAAUGGUUGUGCCACAUCCGAGGAUCUCUUUUGGAAAUUAGAUGCCUUACAAUCAUUCAUACGUGAUCUUCAUUGGCCGGAUGCAGAGUUUCGACAACAUUUGGAGCAACGCUUGAAAAUGAUGGCUACUGAAAUGAUUGAACAAUGUAUACAGCGUACUGAUGCGUCAUUUCAGUCGUGGCUAAAAAAAAAUGUGGCCUUCAUUUCAACCGAUUAUAUAAUACCCUCGGAGAUGUGCGCAAUGGUUAAUGUGAUAUUAGACGCUAAAAAUCAAAGCUUUAAACUAACUACAAUAGAUGGUAUUGAUUUGUACAAAUUUCAUGCAAAAAUUGAUGACCAAAUCGAUAAAGCGAAUGUAGCUAUGACACAAGGACUCAUUAGUAAACUUAUGUCUGUGCUAGAGUCGACUUUGUCGAAAAUGGCACGUUACGACGAGGGUAGCCUGAUUGGUUCCAUACUUAGCUUUACAAACGUGUCCAGCUCAGGGAAGGAUCUCGGCCAAGGUUAUGUAAAUUUCUUUCGUAACAACAUGGACCAAAUACGUGGUAAAAUCGGCGACGAUUUGUGGACACUAAACUUUUUUGAACAAUGGUAUACACAGCAGAUUAAUAUGCUUUGUAAUUGGCUCUCUGAGAGGCUAGACCAUGCUCUCCACUAUGCUCAAGUGACUUCCAUAUCACAUAUAACAAAGAAAAUUUACUCCGAUUUUGAGCUUCAAGGAGUACUAGAGGAUAAACUCAAUUCCAAAGCAUAUCAAACUGUUGCCCAACGUAUGGCCACCGAGGAGGCAACGUGCGCGUUAACCAUGCCUGAUGUUGUCGAGUGUGACGAGAACGUGGAUGGGCUGAAAGGUGAAGGAGGUGAUGAAGACGUCACCGGUGACGAUGGUGGUGGUGGUGGAGGCGCUUCACGUGGUUUACCCAAACCGAAAAUUGCCGCCGCACAAGCAGCGGCCGUAACUAACGUCGUGGCUGGUCGCGUUGGCAAUUUAUUAGGAAAGGGUAUUGGUGGACUUAGCUCAAAGUUGGGAGGUGGAAGCUGGUUUUAAAACCACCCCAACGUAAUGUAUUGAUAUUAAGGAGUAAGGACUGAUUUAGUGAAAAAAAUUGAUCGGUAUUAUUGCAUACAACUCUAUAACAAAGCUGCAUCGUCAACUUUUUAAUAGCGACAUGUAUAUGCCUGUAAUUAUAUUCUUACAUUCAUAUACAUAUCUAAUAUUCGAGUAUACAUAAUAAUGACUAAUUAUAUGAGUCUACAUAAGACCUAUAUUUUUACAAUAGUUAACCAUACAAAAAAUGUUUGCUAAAUAAUAUAAUUAUUGAAGAAAAUAACAUUUUAUUCAAUACCUAGAGUCAGUUAAUUACUUUUUCUUCCUUUUACUCCUACUGGCAUAACAACAAACUAACGAAAACUUAAAAAAGUUGUUACUUUAGUAUCUAAGGCAUAUCUAGAUAUACUUAUAUUCUAAUAUACAACAUAUGUUUUUAAAUUUACAUGCAUACAUAUACUGAUAUAUAUAUAUAUUAAAUAAUGAGUGUAUUACUGAAAUCCGUAUCGAUUCCUCAAGAUAGGGGAUUUUGCUUUUCAAUAUUAACAGCAAAAUUUAUUCUAUACCCCUAUAUAAUUCCAUUCAGAUGCAUAUACACACUUAAAUCUGCAUUGUAUUCAAAAAUAUUGAAAAUGUUAUCUAAAUAGUAUAAUUUAAUUAUGAAUACUAAUAAUCUGUAUCUCUUUAAUCGUUUACCUUGCGAAAAUGUUCAUGUUUAAAAAAAGAAAAAAAAAUUGUUAAAACAAGGCAAUAUACUCACCUUGAUACCGCGAGUCAAGUCCAUUCAAUAUAAAAGAGAAGCAUAUACCAAAAUCUACAAUAUA